CUAAAGUAAUAAUGAUGCUCGCUUCAUUUGCGAUCAUCUAUGGAAAGUUUAAAGUUGUCUCACAAUCACGCCAGCAAAGAGGAUUGGCAUACAACUUGGCUCUUUCAAAGCAAAUGUCUUCCUCUAACCCUAUCAUUUAGAGGAUAACUCAAUAAAGUCUGCCUUAGAUCUCGGCAAGCUGAUGGUUGAACUUGAACAUUCAUCUCCUAUGAUUGUGGCUAACUAUUGGAUGGCAAGAUUUAUUGUUGCUUAUACCCGACGUUGUAUUUUAGGCACCGAUUCUCAAAUCCAACUAACUGAACAGUCCAAGUUAUCCAUCAAAAUCAAAGAGAUCAUGACUUCUAGCGACUCACUACUAGAGGCAAAAAGGGCAGAAGAAAAUUAUCAAGCAUUGUUGCAUGCUUUUGAUAAUUCUUUGGAUAUUUUGAAGGUUCUUAAAUUAAUAUUUGAUAUAAAAAAUGAUAAAGAAGAAGUAAUUCGUCUUCCCCGCGAGGUGGUGAGACGUAGUGGAGGUAAUUGGAAGAAAACUUCCCGACGUGGAUCAGAUCUGUUUCGAGGGGAGGGAGUGUUAUUGUUAAUAUCAUCUGCUGGACACUUCCCUUUUUAUGCAUAUGAUGUGCCUAGAGGAGUAAAUAUGAUUUGGGUUCCUAUUACAGAGGUUGAGGAGAUGGGUAUACAAAACAUUCUUCAUUCUGUCGUCGCUUAUAGAAAGAGUGUAAUGGUUCGUCAUAAACCGAUUGCACAAAUUUUCAGAAGAUUUCUUGAAGAUAAAUGUUUUCCCGCUUUUCAAGCCGGGAGUGAUCCUAUUGUCAUUUCACUGGACAAACGAGGAAGAUUGGUCCAUUAUAAUGCAUUGCACAUGAUACUGACAUGGAGAGAUCAACUAUAUCAAGAGACAACAAUGAGCCAUGAUUUAAUCCCUUCUUUAGAAGAUGAGCUGAGGGAAAGGACUUUAGGUGCUAACCGUGUGAUUGAUGAUAUUGACACACAAAUACAUGAUUUUGCAAGUGAGGUUCGCAAGAACAUUAACAAUUGGGUGAAAGAUAUGAAGGACAAAAUGAAAAAUUCGUUCCGUUCUUACAAUUACACAAGUGAAAUGGAACAAAUUCUAUGGGAUAAAGAAUCGUGGAGCCUUAAACUUGUAGUAUCCAACAUCUUUAAUGGACUUGACAAGCGGAUUGAUGAUGAAGAGUACAUUUUCUUAUGUGGAGGCAAUAAUAAUAAACAAGUUCAAGAAGUUAUACUAAAGAUACAGGAAGUUUGUUCCAAACUCCAAAUGAAUCGGAGAAUUCUAUACAUUGGAAGAAGUGAAAAAACAUUAUUUGAUGAUGAGGUGAGAAGGAUGUGUGAUUAUAAAUUCUAUAAGUAUAUUAUUAUUAAGGAAUUUUGGACACGACUUCAAAGCAUUGUCUCAUCUAGGAUUCAAUAUUUAUUUAAGAUGAGGCGUGACGAAAGGAAAGAUGAAAUUAUGCAUGGAGUAAAAAAAUUGUUAGCUUACGAAGGUGAAGGUUCAACAGUUGGAGUAUGGGCUUUGUUAAGCAAAGGAAACAGAAUAAUUGCAUGUGAUAUGGGGGAUAAAAUGCUUGGAGUCCUGAAUGAGUACGAGAAGUGGAAGGACAGUGCACAAAUCAAUGGUUUUGAGCGGGCAUUUAAGGAUUGUUAUGAUAUGCUUAAUUCUUCCUCUCCUACUUCAUAUCAACACUCGCAUUGUUCUCUCAAUUAUCCUUCUAAUUUGGACAAAAUCCCAGACACUCAAUCAUGCCCCCAGUGUAAUCACCAUAUGCAUAAGUUUGUCACUUUCUCAUGUUGUCAUACUUUUAUAGAUCAUUAGAGUCAAAUAUAUAGAAAAGACGGACAUUGAAAGUGUAUUUUCAUACCAUUUGACAUUGGUUCCUCCUAACAUGUGUGGUUUGUCCCUUGAUUGA